AUGGCGAAGACGUACGAUUAUCUGUUCAAACUGCUGCUCAUCGGCGACUCCGGCGUCGGCAAAACCUGCCUCUUGUUCCGCUUCUCUGAGACGCCUUCAACACCACCCUUCAUCUCCACCAUCGGGAUUGAUUUUAAAAUCAGAACGAUAGAACUCGAUGGAAAGAAAAUUAAGCUUCAGAUAUGGGACACAGCAGGCCAGGAAAGAUUCCGAACAAUUACAACUGCAUACUAUAGAGGAGCCAUGGGAAUUAUGCUGGUCUAUGACAUCACCAAUGAAAAAUCCUUUGACAAUAUUAAAAACUGGAUAAGAAACAUUGAAGAGCAUGCCUCUUCAGAUGUUGAGAGAAUGAUCCUGGGUAACAAGUGUGAUAUGAAUGAGAAAAGACAAGUGUCAAAAGAAAGAGGGGAGAAGUUAGCAAUUGACUAUGGGAUUAAAUUUUUGGAGACAAGUGCAAAAUCCAGCACAAAUGUAGAAGAGGCAUUUUUUACACUUGCACGGGAUAUAAUGACAAAACUCAACAGAAAAAUGAAUGACAGCAAUUCAUCAGGAGCAGGCGGGCCAGUGAAAAUAACAGAAAACCGGUCUAAGAAGACAAGUUUCUUCCGUUGUUCAUUGCUUUGAUGGACUCUUCAUCUCUGAGAGACUGCAGUGCACCUAGAGGCCCUUCCCUGCUUCUCUGAAAGCACAGGUUACCCAGCCUCAGAGUCACCUCGCCCGACUGCUGCGGAGAGCACCAUGGAACUCUAGACCUCUCAACACAGAACACCAAGUGGAUUCCAGCCUCAUGGCCUAGCAAAAGAGCAGGCUCCUUUCUUCAGACAUGGAAGCAAUGACGUGGAGACACUUGCAGGACCUAACUGGUUUUUCCUUGUUUUACUGCCUGUCCUGGAAGCUGCUAUCUUUCUUUGCACAUGAGUGUCAGUCUUUCUGUGGUACAGCGUAAUCUUAGACUCCUAACUGAGCACUUUAGUGGCAUGAAGUUCUAGACAUAUAUUUGGGGAUAUUUAAAGACAGCAGAACAUUAAACAGAGGUUGAUAUACUAAAAUUAAAGGAUGGUUGGCCUGGGUCAUAUGGCCAAAAGUUCUUCUAUUGGUAGCGUUUAUUAAAGGACUUUGAUUUGCAGUGUUCUUAAAAAUCAUUAAAUUCUGAUUAACUUUUAAAAUUCAUAGAAUACCCAUCUAUUCACAGAGGCCACAUCAUUUUCAUCUUUUCAGGUGGUUAUCAAUUUUGCCCAUCCCUGAGUAGCUGUAUUCUUUUUAAGUUGGCUACCACUGCCUCCUCUCUGAAGCAGCGUGUAGAAAGCACUCUAGUCUCACUAUUUCUGAGGGUCAUAUUUGCUGUCCCUUUUCCUGCCUGACUUCUUGUCAUUAUUUACUAAUCUAAAACCAAUAAUAUAUGUAAGAACUGUUGUGUCUGUCUGUGAACUUCAUGCAUUGGGAUUUCACAUAGGGAGAGAAAUGGUCAUUAGGGCUUUAUUUUCACAUCCAGCUAUGGUCUUAUCACACCAGAAUAUGUAAAUAUUCUUUCUUAGUUUUACCCAUUAGCUUGUAUUACCCAUUUUUUAACCAUAGUCCCCAUCUGCGAGAGUUAACAAAGGUUAGAUUUAGAUUUCAGAUUGCAUAAAACAUACCUGUAUGGAGAGAAAUUAGACAAGUUGGUGUAAGAUAGUAAUGCUAAUGAUUUUGGUUCUAUUUGGUAUAUAUAUUUAGACCUAACACAUCCUCCAGAAAUCUUGUCUUUUCAUUAGAGCACAUAUGAUCCAGGUUUCAGCUUUCAAACAGCCAUUGCUGAAUGUAUAGGGACCCAGCCCUUUGCAUUUACGUUUGUAGUUAGAGAUGUGGUGUGGCUGUCUAGGCCAGAGCCAACUGGAAGCUUUGCUGCCUUCUCACCAAAUGCUGGUUCUGAUGUUUCUUUUGUAGUUAAACCACCACACUAGAGGGGGUAGGAGGUAUUUAGUGUUAACUUAGGUGCCAAAUACAGAUCAGAAUGUCACUGCUGUUGUAGCCUUCAGUGUCCUAACACAGAGGGCAUAGAAACAGGUGACAAGGGAAAAGACCUGGUAGCAGUCACUCCCCCUGCUCCUGUGCUGUACAUUAAGACCUGGAAGUGGAAAUGGACAUGGAUAUUUGGUUACACGGGGAAUUCUGCUUCAGUACUUGGACCAGUCAGGCCUUCCCGUCUGUGGGAAGACUCAAAAGCAUUCCAGUGGCUGCAAGCAUACCAGAGUUAUUUUUGGUGGACACGCUGACUUUACUGUGGACAAACUUUAGCCUUUUCUUCUUUUUCCCUAGUUACCUAUCAGCUUAAAGUCACACAUUACUGUCCAGGUGUAAGUAGUUCUCUCUGUGAGAAAUGAUUGUAAGUCUAACAUCUUCAAAUUAAAUACAAAUUAAAGAUGAUAUAUUUUUUAGAAAUGUCUUAUCACUACUUUUCUGGGGGGAAAAGUUCAAGCAGUUACAAUGAUAACAAAGUGCUUUGCAAAAAGCAGGAGCUGUGACACCAUAUACGAAUGUAAUUAUCUUAGUAUUUACCUCUGACUGUUUGGUGUCUUAACACUUUGGUUUCUAUCUCAGGGGUUGUCUGCAAACCAAAACUGACAUGUUCUGUGGUCAGCUUUUUUUUUUUUAAACAAACAAACCAGAAUGCUUUGCUUUUGAUUCUUCUCUCUUGUUGUGUCUUCUGUGGGUUAAUACUAGUCUCCAUGAACUUCACUUUGAAUGAGCCUGUAAAUGUUAGGUGAGUCUAAAGUGCUCUUUGAAGUAGCAGCAAACUGGGAGUAUAUUCUCUGUUAUAUAGAAAUAAAUUGUCCUUGCUAUUUUCUUACAUUUAGCUCUGCUAGAUUGUAUAUAAUUUGAACUCAGACCAUAGGAAAUUUACUUUCUGCAUGGUAAAAACAGCCCAACAACUUUGCUUAAUAAUGUACAUAUGGUGCAUUAUUUUUUUCUAUUUGUAGAUGAAUUUAGUGACAGAUAAUUGUCUGUUCCCUGCUGAAACUCUUUUGUGAAUGUGCACGCGUGUGUGUGCACAUUGUUGUGAUCUUACAGAUAGGGUACAUAGAAAUUUUGCAGCAGUAUUAGUGGGUCAGUGGCUGCACUUUAUUAUCAUUGUGCUAAUUUUUUGACAGUAGUUGGACUCAAGAGUUUCAAAGGGAGUCGGAGGGUAUCAGACAGCGAAGUGUGCUGUAACUAAGUAGCAUGUAAAUCAGUUGGUAGCACAAUGUUUCACUGGGAACCUAUUCUAGCCUCUUUCUUUGGAUGAUGCUGAAGUGUUCUCCCUGCACACUGGUCAGGGAAACCACAGGGCUUCUUACUGCACAUGGACAUUUUAUGCAGUCUUUGUUAUAAAUUUCCUGAAGACUCUUUACUUUGAAGGACUUUUUUUUAUUAUACCUCAUUUAGCUAACUAAUAUUCUAAUACCUGGAAGAAAAACAGUGAGACAGCCUCUAAGCAUUCAACGAAAUUUAGACAGCAUGUUUUAUCUUGUUUUGAACUGAAGACAUCCUUGGAAAAGAGAAAUUGACACCUUAGUUUCAAAUAAAGCAUACAUGUCAAUAUCCAGUAGCAUACAAAAAAAAUGUUACCGCCCUGUCGGUUAAUGAAUUUAGUUGUGCAAUAUACAAGGGAUUGUUUCAAGUAAGAAAUGUCCA